AUGGCUACUACUGACUGGCAGCCCGACUUUGUACCUCCGAACCCACCGGCCCUAGAGAGUGUAGGAGCUCAUACGGACCGGGCUCUUCAGAAUACCUCUGGGAACGUGCAGUCCUAUUCAGACAAUCUCGCCCCCAACGACGCUACGGGGCGAGAUAGUGGACAUCUGCAGCCGUAUGCUCCCAAGUAUCCUCCUCCGCUCCCAAUCCCUGCCCAUCCUGUCCCUUCGGCUGCGGCCAGCCUGCACCAUCAACACAUCCUAGCCAACCGAUGGCAGCAGAAGAAGCUCCGUCGACUUCAGUCCCUGGGGCCCAACCAGCUGGUUGGUCCCCGUCGGGGAAGAAGCUAUCUCAAGUCCCAGAAGUACCUGGAGUACCGAGCGCGGCCUCGACGGGACACGGGCAAGGAUGGGGAGCCUGUCUGGUCGGAUGAGCUGGAGGAUGCCUUCCAACAAGCACUUGAGGCAAACCCUCCCAUGGGCCGGAGAAAGUGGUCCGAACGGGGCAAAUCCUACGGUCGAAACGAGCUGAUUGCCGAGUUUAUCUACAAGGCUACGGGCAAGAGGAGAACUAGGAAACAAGUGUCCAGUCACCUGCAGGUGCUCGACUCGUUCCUCAAGGGAGACCCUGACUGGGAAAGACUGGUACGGGAACAGCCGACAGACCGCUCUGCAGCCCAGCCUCAAGCAGCUGGCCCAAGGUGGCGGACCUCCAUGGAACACCCCCUGUCAAGUCACUACAAUCAUCUCCACGCUCCUUACCAUGAUCCUCUGCGACCUGUGCAGCCUUACGUGGGGGAGCUGCCUCCCCCUUCCUUUGCCCCCAACCCCAACGUCCAUGAUGCCAACAUCAACACCGUCCAGGGUCUCAAUUUUGACAUGUGGGUCAGUGCACCGAACCAGCCGGACCGCAUUGAGAAUGCUUUCCAUGUGUACACCCGCUUGCAGGGCGACCAGCGCCAUCCCGUGGCCCCUUCAAUGCCGUUGGAGAACGUCGUCGGGUGGCGGACCUACUUCCCUUAUCUGAAUUCCCUGAUGACGGACCCCACUGCUUCCCUGAACUGCGAGAUCAUCCUCCUCGAAGCCAACCUCGAGUUGAUGGACGACUUUCCUCCGUCCGGUUCGCGGCUGGGGAUCCAGCUGGAGCUGGACUUUGCCCAUUCCGCUGUGGGCGAUGCACCGGUCAGUCAGAUGGACAACUGGUCUUGCAGCACCUACAUGUAUGAGGAGAGCCAGAAGAUCCUGGAGGUCAACCACAGCCUUUCAAAGCCGGCUUCGACGAAAGUCAAGCCGCCGUUCGAAUCGCUCUGGUGGGCCAAACUCUUCACACAGCUCACGCAGGAGAAGCAGAUGGCCGAGAAGGCGGGCCAGCAUCAUGCGGCGGACGAGCACACGCGGCACUUCUUCCGGACCAUGUCUGCGGUGCAGGAGAUCCGUGCUACGUCUCCCAACUCCCGUCGACUCUCCAGCCACUACGGCGGCUCCUCGUGCGACGAGAGUAAGCGGGUCGCGAUCUUGCUCUGGAAGUUCCGCCAGACGCGGCCUGGGGAGGUUGGCACCACGACCUGGCGGAGACUCUUCCCGCCGCCGGACCGCACGUCCACCAAUAGCCCUCGUCCGGCGACGGGCAUUGACCUCCCCCCGCUGUCGCUGGACUCGAUCCUGCUCAACAAGCCCGCACCCAACGUCUACCAAGCGCCUCCGCCGCAGCCACACGAACUGAUGCACCACCACGGCGCGUCGCAGCCUCCUUGGCAGAUGUACCCACCCCCGCAUGAUCACAUGUACCCCACGGCGAGCUUUGAUCUUCUCAACUCGAUCUCGAAGCCGGAGGACGGCCUGGGUGACAAGACGGCGGUCUCGUCGGUGAUCGACCCCUUCCCCAAUAUGCAGCAGCAUGAGACCAGCCAGCCGCCCAACCUCAAUGGCAGCAACGGCGGUCCGAUCAUGCUCAACGUGCCGGACAUGUCGCUGUCACACCACAACCUGGGCGGAUACACAAUGGGCCACGAGAGCCACCACUACGUGCCGCCACCGCAGCAACACGGGGUGCAUGUCCCCGACAACAACAGCGUUCUGAAUAACAUCUUUGCCUCCGGACCGCAGUCGUUCGAGGAGCUGGGCCAUAACAGCCACGCGGCGUGGUCGGGACCGUCCACGACCCUCCCGUCGGACGUGGGAUCCAACAGCUACGGCCAUCUCUCCUAUCAGUCCGACCAGCACCCGCCGGCGACGCGCGAGCCCCAUCAGUCUAACGGCUUCGAGGGCCUGAUGGGGACGGAUCUGAUGGACAAGCUCGUGGGCAACAUGCCGGGCGAUCCUGGCUUGAAUGGGGCAGGCCCCGAUCACGCCACAUCCGCGUACCCUGAGAACAGCACGGUUGAGGCGGUUUAA